GGUCUCUCUCUUUCGUGUCUCGUAAUCACACCAAAAAAAAAUUUUAAAAGAAAAACUUAAAUUUUGAAAAAAAAGAAGAAGAAGAAGAAUUAUUACAAAAGUAUUUGUAGCCUUUUAAUUUCUAUUAUUAUUACUUUUUAAAGUUUCGCGGUUAUACCCUCAAAAUUGUUUCAUUCUCUUCUCCAUUAAUAAUUCUCAAAAAUCUUCUCUUCACUAAUAAUCGCCUAUUGCUCGAUCCCUUUCCCGCCUCGAUUUGCUUUGCUUAAUCUAUGUUUGGAGAAGGAUUACAACUCGCAACGCUUUGAUCGUUUCAAACUUUUCAGGAAGUUACUCAUGGCUCCAUCAAGAAAGUCUAGGAGCGUGAAUAAGCGGUUUUCAUACAUUAAUGAGGCUACCUCUAAUAAAACUGGGGAGAAUGAUAACAGAAGAAGGCAGAGGAAGAGAAAAUUAUCUGACAUGUUGGGGCCACAAUGGAGCAAGGAAGAGCUUGAACGUUUCUACAGGGCAUAUCGUAAGCACGGGAAAGAUUGGGGGAAGGUGGCUGCUGCAGUGCGUGACCGAUCGGUAGAAAUGGUAGAAGCCCUUUAUACCAUGAAUAGGGCUUACUUAAAUCUACCAAAGGGGUAUGCUUCUGCAGCUGGACUAAUAGCGAUGAUGACGGAUCACUACACUAAUCUGGAAGAAAGUGACAGCGAGCAAGAAAUUACUGAGCCUGUUGUUGCCCCUCGAAAACCCCAAAAACGUUCUCGGGGAACUAAAGAAUUAGAUGCGUCCCCAGUUCCAGAUCUUAUGCAGUCCCAGUCGGCUGCAUCAAACUUUGGCUGCUUGUCACUAUUGAAGAAGAGGCGCUCCGGAGGCAGGCCUUGGGCUGUUGGGAAAAGGACUCCUCGCGUCCCUGUUUCAUUUUCAUAUGAUAAAGCUAGUGGACAGAAGUAUAUUUCACCAAUUCGACCAGAUUUGAAAUUGAAGGCUGAUGCAUUGGAUGAUGAUGUUGCUCAUGAGAUAGCAUUAGUGUUGACAGAAGCUUCACAAAGAGCUGGUUCUCCCCAAGCUUCUCAAACGCCAAACGGAAAAGCAGAGACACCAUCACUGACUCGGAAUGGGGAACAUAUGCAUGUCGAAUCAGAGAUGACCAGCUCCAAGCCUCGUGGUAGUGAGAUGGAUGAAGGUGGUUGUGAAUUAAGCUUAGGUAGCACAGAAGCUGAUAUGGAACAUUAUGCAAGAGAUAAACGGUUGACAAAAGGGAAGGGGUACCAUGGAAGGAAGCCAGAAGUAGAAGACAAUAUUGACAAUUCUUCAGAUGACAUAAAGGAGGCCUGUAGUGGGACAGAGGAAGGACAGAAGCUGGGUGCUAUAAGAGGAAAAUUUGAAGUGGAGGUUGUGGGUACAAAAUUUGCAAGAUCAUCUAAUAAGGGUCCAAGGAAGAGAAGCAAAAAAGUUCUAUUUGGAGAAGGUGAAGCAGAUGCUGUUGAUGCAUUGCAAACUCUGGCAGAUAUGUCAUUGAGGUUGCCAGAAGCACUUGUUGAUACUGAGUCAUCCGUGCAUGUUGAUGAUCAAAAGACUAAAAUUGUUGCCAAGUCCAAGUUGAAAGGGAAUCAUUCAACUGCUGGAGUUAAAGUUGCUUCCCCAAAAACAACAAAAGGAAGAGUUUUCCUUCAUGAUGUUAGUCCUAUACCAAAAGUGAAGGAUGCAGUGCAUCAGAUUAGUGCUGGGAUAGGAAAAAGGAGAAAGAAGUCCCAGCCAUCUAAGAUAUUAGAAAUUGAAGAGCGUGUUGAUUCUUAUUUGGGUGACUCUCAGAAAGUCGAGGCCACAGAUGAUGUAGGGGACUUAAUAAGCAAAGGCAAAUCCUCUCAUGAUACUGGAUACCAAAAACAAGGGAGACCGGUGAAACCUUCAGAACUUAAUUCUAGUACUGACCACGGAAGGGAGUCAAAUGAUUCAGCUCCAUCUUCCAUACCAGUUUUGUCUUCGAAACAAUUUAAUUUACCUACCAAAGUAAGGAGCCGGCGUAAGAUAAACACACCAAAACCAUUGCUUGACAAAGAUAACCAGUCUUCUGAGGAUAUUGUAAAUGGCCAAUACAAGAUUGCCAUUCCUUCGAUUAAAGACAGUGCAGUUAGUCUUAAGAAAAAACUUUCGAAUUGCCUUUCCUCAUAUCUAGUUCGGAGAUGGUCUAUUUUUGAGUGGUUCUAUAGUGCAAUUGAUUACCCAUGGUUUGCUAAAAGGGAGUUUGUGGAAUACCUGGAUCAUGUUGGAUUGGGUCAUAUUCCGAGAUUAACUCGUGUUGAAUGGGGUGUCAUACGGAGUUCCCUUGGUAAACCACGGAGAUUUUCAGAGCAAUUCUUGUCAGAAGAAAAAGAGAAGCUUAAUCAAUAUCGGGAAUCCGUUAGAAAACAUUAUACAGAACUUCGUGCUGGUACCCGGGAUGGACUUCCAACUGAUUUGGCUCGACCUUUAUCAGUCGGGCAGCGUAUUAUUGCUCUUCAUCCAAAAACCAGAGAGAUUCAUGAUGGAAGUGUACUAACUGUUGAUCAUAACAGGUGCCGUAUUCAGUUCGACCAACCUGAACUAGGGGUUGAACUUGUCAUGGAUGUUGAUUGCAUGCCUUUAAAUCCAUUAGAGAAUAUGCCUGCUUCCCUUACCAGGCAGACUGUUGUUUUCAAUAGAUUUAUUGAGAACUUGAAUGAGCUCAAAAUGAAUGGGCAACCAGUAGAAAGGAACAUGGAAGGAUACAUAAAGUUUGCCUCAUGUGAGAAUAUGGAGAACACAGAUGGUCUUCUACAUAGUUCCCCAUCAACUCACCACAUCAGCAACUUAAUGCAGCAUGGAAAGGGAUAUUUGGCAAAUUAUAGUACACAUGUCGCAACAGAGUCAGGUGAAAGUGUUAUUAACCAACAAGCAGUCAACACUCAACCCUUCAUUCUCGCACACAUCCAAGCAAAGGAUGCUGAUAUUCAAGCUCUUUCUGACUUAACUCGUGCUCUUGACAAAAAGGAGGCCGUGGUGUCUGAGUUGAAGCGCAUGAAUGAUGAGGUGGAAAAUGAGAAGGAUGGAGAAAACUCCCUAAAGGAUUCUGAACUUUUCAAGAAGCACUAUGCUGCAGUACUUUUCCAGUUAAAUGAAGUCAACGAACAGGUUUCAUCUGCUCUCUUAUGCUUGAGGCAACGCAACACAUAUCAAGGGAACAAUCCACAAAUGUGGAUGAAGCCCAUGACCUAUAUAGGUGAACCAGUUGGACACUGUAGCCUUUUUGAUCGCUCUGCAGAUGAGACCCAAGAAUCUGGGUCUCAUGUGGCUGAAAUUGUUGAAACUUCAAGAGCAAAAGCUCAGACAAUGGUUGAUGCAGCUAUGCAGGCAAUGUCAUCACUGAAAAAGGAGGGAAGCAACAUUGAGGAGGCUAUAGAUUUUGUAAACAAUCAGCUUUCAGCAGAUGAUUUAAGCACAUCAGCUGUAAGAUCUUCUAUCCCUGCAAAUUCAGUUCAUAGUACUGUGGCUUCUCAGGAUCAGUCAAGUUCCUGCACUACAAAUUUGGGGCCAAAUAGUCAUGCUCCAGAGACUGACAUGGAUCACUCGCCUGAGCAAAGUGAAGCACAAAUACCUUCCGAAAUAAUAACACAAUGUGUAGCUACUUUACUCAUGAUCCAGAAAUGUACAGAGCGACAGUUUCCGCCAAGUGAUGUUGCCCAGGUACUAGAUUCUGCAGUUACAAGUUUAAAGCCAUGUUGUUCACAGAACCUUCCAAUAUAUGCAGAUAUUCAGAAAUGCAUGGGGAUAAUUAGGAAUCAGAUAUUGGCACUCAUACCCACGUAGCCCACGAUAUUGCAAUUUGCUCUUAAUUUCUUCCCUUGUAAAAUGUACAAUAUCCGAGUGGAAUCAGCCAAUCAGAAAAAAUAUUGCCCAGGCCCUCUUCUUAUAUCCUGUUUGUUAAUCUUAAACAGGAAUUUGUACAUGUAGCGAAAACACCUGCAGUUCAGUUCCACGACACUGCGCUCAAUAUAAGAAUCAGCAUAUCUUAUUCUUUUGCGCCCCCA